UGUCUUAUUUAUAUUCUACUUUUAAUUCAGAUCAAGUUCAGUUUGAAUACAGAAACUCAAGUGUAGAUCACGCUGCGUGUGUGUGUGUGUGUGUGUGUGCGCGCAGCUUUUAACCCUUUAUGAGGAUGAAAUUAGGCUGGUCCCAAUAAAACUUUGUGUGUGUGUAUGCAUGAGUGAGUGUGCAAGUUUUGAAUUCUUUAUGUGUGUGUGUGUGUGUGUGUGUGUGUGUGCUUGAGCAAGAAUGUGUAUGCAUGUUUGCAACCCUUCGUGAGGAUGAAUUUUGGUUGGUCCCUAUUAAACUCUGUGUGUGUGUGUGUGUUCAACCCUUUGUGAGGAUGAAAUUUGCCCAAUAAAUUGUGUAUGUAUGUAUGUAUGUAUGUAUGUAUGUAUGAGUGUGUGUGUAUAAGUGAAGGCUUACGUUCCCUCACUCAAUCUGCGAUCAAUCAACCACCGACGCGUAGUAGUGCCUACUCAGCGUGGCUCAAGGUCCCUUUCAAGAACAUUCAAACUAACUGUUCCUCAGUGGUGGAAUGAACUUCCAACCUCAAUCUGUCACUAUCUUCAAGAAACAGCUAAACACCCACCUCUUCCGUGAACACCUAACCAACCCCUAAUAAAAUAAAUAAAUUUAAUCUGGCACUUACACCUCUACUCUGUGCACUUUACUUCUUCUGGAACUCAAUUAAUGGGUCCUGUACGGUAGCACUACUUGUAUUGUUCUCUGCUUGAUAUAUCGCUUUGAUUGUAUUUUCUCAUUUGUAAGUCGCUUUGGAUAAAAGCGUCUGCUAAAUGAAUACAUGUAAGUGUGUGUAUAAGUGUGUGUGUGUGUGUGUGUGUGUGUGAAAUUAGAAAAUUGUAUUUGGCUGGUCCCAAUAAACGUUUUUGUUGGUGUGUGUUUGCGCAGGGUUUUUUUUUAACGCUUUGUAAGCAUGACAUUUAGCUGGUCCCAACAAACCUGUGUGUGUGUUUGAGCAAGAAUGUGUAUGCACCUUGUCAACCCUUUGUGAGGAUGAAAUUUGCCCAACAAAAGUGUGUGUGUGUGUGUGUGUGUGUGUGUGUGUGAAAUUAGAAAAUUUAUAUUUACCUGGUCCUAAUAAAAGUGUUUGUUGGUGUGUGUUUGUGCAGUUUUUUUUUUUAAAACCCUUUGUGAGCAUGACAUUUGGCUGGUCCUAACAAACCUGUGUGUGUGUGUGUGUGUGUGUGUACGUAUUUUCGGUUCACUGUGAAGACCAAAUUUAGCCGGGCCCCACAGAACGUUUGUGUGCGCUUGUCCAUGUCCCCGUUAUGAUAGUAAUGCAUGCCAAUCCUCACCGAGUUCUCUUUUUUCCUCUCGUGGAAGUAACGAGACGAUAAACACGAUGUAAACUCCUCUGUGUUGGAAAACUCAACGCUACAAAGUGCUCACACUGGAGUCUCCUCCCAUAAAUGUUAAAUAAACGUCUCCUUACCGUAUCAGUGAUUACGCCUUGAUUUUAGAGGAAAAUUUUGAGAAAAUCAGAAGCAGCCGUUUUGCAUUUGCGUGACACAGCGCGAUCUCAAACUGUUGUUCAUUUUACACAAUAGUGACUUUAACAGAUCAGCACCUUUAGCUUCCGGGUUACUAGUGUGGAACACGAUCGCGGUUAUGUUCAGUAUGUAUCAGAUGGUUGUAUAAGCAGCUCAAUUCUGUUGUGUUUGUGUGUGUGUGUGUGUGUGGGUUGUGCUCGAAUGCUUCUGUACCGUUAUCCGGUGUAGCUGAGCCUGCUCAGGUGUGAUGGCCGAGCAGGUUAAUAAUUCAGCACCUGAGCCUGGAUCAAAUAGUCUCUCUCUCUCUCUCUCUCUCUCUCUCUCUCUCUGCACCAGGUGCUAACAGCUAGACGAAGAGACCAAUUACAGAUGCAUCCUCACUCAAACACUGAACACAAACGCAAGCACACACACACAACUAACAUAAUUAGUGUGUUCAAGACCAAGACCUGCAGUCCGGAGACUUCCAGGUAACACAAUGUCUGGAGCUAAUAGUGACCAGCUGCACCGAUCCACUCUCAGCAUCUAUGCACAUCUGAUGGAACAGUUUAACCCCGGGCUCCAACAGCUGGUCACUUUAGGUAACAGCUACGUCAAAGCUUUUCAAGCAUUGGCAUUGACAAGUGAGGCCUACUUUAGUGCACUGGCGAAGAUGGGAGAGCAGGCUCUCCACACACUCUCAUCCCGUUCACUUGGCGAUGUGUUGAUCCAGAUCUCAGAGACCCAGAGGAAGCUCACAGCAGAAGUGGAAGGAGUGUUCCACUGGUUCCACGCGGAGGUGUUGCAGGCCCUGGAUAAGAACCUCAGGCUCGAUGAGGAGUACAUAGGCGGCAGCAGGAGGGUGUAUGAGCUGGAGGUAAGAAAUCAGGCAGCAUCUCUGGAAAGGCAGCUGAGACGAGGCGCAUACAGAGACUCUCUGGAGGGCAGUGAGUACAUGCAGUAUUUGAGACAGAGCCAGUACGAGAUCCUGAGAGAAGAGGAGAGGAGAUAUCGCUUUCUCACAGAGAAACACUGCGGAUUAGCGCAGUCUCUGCUCUUCCUCCUCAACAAGACAGGGGCGUCUCUGCAGCAGAAAGCUGAGGGAUGGAAAGAGCGAGUGAACGAGAGCAAGAGCUCCAGGUCACGCACUCCCACGCCGUUAGAACAGGACACACACUUGAGGGCCGCAGUGAGUUCUCUACUCCAGCCUGGAGACAGGGACGAGGGCUGGCAUGGGCAAGACCACCAGUUGGGCAGGGUGCCGUCUAGAGCCCCAUCUCCGCUCCAGGCACGCUCUCGGUCUGGCUCGGUGAGCGAGUCCGCGGGCAUCAGCGGAGGUCAAUCGGUCAGGGCGCUCGUCUCUCACCCUGCGUCCUCAAACCCAGUGCUGCUCCCGUUCUCUCGCGGUGACACGCUCGUGCUGCUCGUACCCGAGCCACGCAACGGCUGGAUGUACGGUCGCCAUGACGCCAGCCUGCGGCAGGGCUGGUUUCCUGCGUCGUACGUCGCUCCUGUAGAAGAUCUCGUCUCGUCCUCGAGCUCGAGCGGCGCGGCUCCCCGAAACAACCUGCUGGAGCCGACAAGCCAGUCAGAAUCCGUCGACGGCAGAAACUACGGAGAGAUCCCACCCCUUCACAGAGGCUCCAACGACCUCCGUACCGUCUCGCCGCUUCUCGACAGGAAGGCGGAGUCGGCGUACGAGGCGAAGGCGAGUCAGAGCUACGGCGAGAUCCCGCCCCCGGCGACGCCCGUUCGGAGAGUGUCGGGGGAUUUCCGCCCGGUCUCACCGCUCCUCGACAGGAGGGCGGAGUCUCACUUUGAGAGCAUGACCGGUUACGCCGUUCCUGAGAGAAAGACGGAGCUGAUCGUCCAGAGGCCGAACCCUCACAGGCAGCUGCCAGAGCACCCCUUGUUUCCCAGGGGAUCGAAUCCUUUCGCCACGGUGAAGCUCCGCCCCACGGUGACCAACGACAGAUCGGCACCGAGAAUCCACUGACCAAUCGCAGCAGGCGAAAGCGGCCGCUCUGAUCGGCCACGGGACUCCCACCACGACAUGAUCUGCUUCGGAACAACGGAAAAUUCGAGCGCUUGACACGAGACGAGGCAGAGAAUUACGUCUGGGAUCGUUCUUCCAGUUUUAUUUCAUAAAAAGUGGCGUAAUUCCAUAAAUCCCACACCAAACAAACAAACACCUACUGACUAGCCUAAAUGGGCGUGUCCAAACUGACCAUACUAGAAAUUCCUCAGCUAUUACUUACGUCGCUUCUGCUAGCUCGUAAUUCAUUUGAGAUUAGAUUUUUGAUCACUAGGUUAACGUUUACUCCGCAUUUAAAUUGCUUAGCAGUCUUCCGAGAUUAGUUUGCACU